AUGAAUCCGCUUCGAGUGCCAAUCACUUUAGAAACUCGAGUUCCUCCAGAAUACAAGACCUUCAUCGAUUACCAGACGGAGGUAUCGACAUCAAUCAAGGCUACUCAAAUUUGUAACAAGAUAGGUUUUUCGGGGCAAUUGAGAGUUGAAGCACAGGGUUUUCAAGGUGGUAUUUGGCUAUUUUGGCGCACUGACAAGGUGACUGUCACUCCAUUUGGUGAUCAUUCUCAGCAUCUUACGGUCCAAAUUGCAAAGUUUGGAGAUGAUCCAUGGCUUUUCUCAGCCAUAUAUGCUAGCCCUGAUAGCAUUCUCCGAAAAGAAUUGUGGGAUGAAUUGGAAAAAAUUAAAAAUAGUUACUCUAGUCCAUGGAUUUUAGGGGGCGACUUCAAUGAAAUGAUGACUAUGGAUGAGAGGAAUGGUGUUGGUGGCUCUAAAAUGCAAAGAAGAUGCCGAGAUUUCUCUAACUUGAUUGAGAAUAACGAAUUGAUUGAUUUGGGUUGCUCGGGGCCUGAGCAUACUUGGAUUAGAGGGAAUUCUCCCGAGACUUUCAAAUCGGCUAGGCUGGAUAGAGCAUUUGCAAAUGAAGCCAGGAGAAUGAAGUUCGAUGAAGCUACCGUUCGAAAUCUCCCUAAGUCGCAAUCAGAUCAUUGCCCGAUACGUGUUAGUACUACAGGGUUUGCGCCUCUUCCAAUGGCUAUUAAACCCUUCCGGUUCCAAGCUACGUCAAUCAUAAAAAAUUCUCAGACUUUGUUCAUAGGAAUUGGGAUAGCAAUGCCUCGUUAA